ACUUCUUAGACAUUAAUUAUCAAUAACAGCUAUAAGUUAGUACCAAUUAGGACUUUACCAUGCUCGAUAUUGACCAAAGGAGCCAUAUAUGAGUUCAGUAUAUAAGCAAGGUUACAACACAACUUGAUAUGUCAUGAUACUUUAUGUUUACUGAUGCAGUGGGAAAACUAGUUACGCGCAAUUCCUUCAGGUAAAGCAUUCUUUUAAUGACUGUAACGAAAGUUAUGUGCAAAUACAAUAGAAAGCGAUGCUACAUGAUUGUAUUUCACAGGCCCAUUCAGUUUGUAACCACAGGUCCUAUAGGAUAGCUAUCAGCUGUCACAUAUCAACAAAGACAAGCUGUAUUGACUUUCAUCACAACAUUGAUCAGGUUUCCCAUAGCAACCUCUGCAUUGUUGUGAUCUCACUUAGCUGUAGAUGGAACCAUUCUGUGAUGGGUGGGGAAAGUUCCAGAGGAGUGCUGUUGAUCUCAUGACUGUGAAGAAUUGAGCCACCUUUUGUAAAAUCGUUGUCAAAACUUAUCUUAAAUGUAUCAGUUUUGUUAAAUGUAUCAGUUUUGUCAAUGUAGGACCAAAGUUUGGUAUAAGGAAUGACAUGAUUUGUGCUACUGGUUAAGAUACACCCCUCAUAUAAUUUGUCAGUGAUACACGAAAUUAGAUGCAGUCCAGUGGACGAAACAUUUCUCCUGAAAAUGUUCUCAUUCUAGUUGCCCAUUCUGGUCAAUUUCCGCAAAUGUGAAGGAAGGAAGAGUAGCUAGCCUACAAUGCUGUAGUACUGUAGUUUGUCAGUCCAAGGUGUUCAUGUUUAGUUCAAGUUUGUUGUGUCACCAAGUUCGUGUUGACAGUAAACGGGACAUACAUGUGUAGGAGCUAUGACAGAGAAUUUCUGGUUUGAGAGGAGCCCCAUCAGAGGCCGAAUACACUAUCGAGCAAGGAGUGCUACAGACCGUGCACUUGAAGUGUACUGCCUCAGGAGCAAAGUUUCAACAAGUGUGAUACCUGAAUGUUCCAAUGGCACGAGUUCCAUAGCCCACAGCAGUUACCCACCAGCCAUUGCUUCACAACGUUCCAACACCUGGCACCAACACCUGUCAGAAUGGAACACAAGUCCGCACCUGCAGCUGGUCCCCUCAGGCAGGAGACCAGACACACCCUCCCUCAGCUCCACAUCUGGACCAGCAACACCAGCCUCCACAGAGAUCUGGACUACAUGUACCUCAACAAGAGGAAGCACCAAUAAACAUGAAAAGCCAUGGAAGAAAGACACACACAACGGAGUAGAAGGUGACCAAGGUUACGAGACAAGUGCCGCACAUGUGAUGUCCUGGCUGGCAGCAAGAAGACAAGUGCUGGAGAUGGCAAAGAUGAAGAAGUUAGCUAAUCCUGAAUGGGUUCUGCCCGACAGGAAAGUCAAGCAUGUUGACUUUGUAGAUCCUUCAGGAUCCAUCUUACACAUACACUCUAGAUUCAAUAGACUUAGAGUUAACCUCCUUUGGCCAUGUGGAUUUCACAAUAUUUCUGGGAGGAAGAUUUAUCUUGACACUAAUGAUGCAGGACACAAGAUUACAGCUCUGUACAAAGAUUGCUCUUGGUCCCUCCAGGAUGGUCUUGUUUUCUUAUCCCAUCCAUUACGUACUGAUGACACCAUUGUGUUGAAGAUUAAGGGAGUUGAUAAGCGUAUGAGUAUCCUGUACAUGUGCCUGACCUCUAAUGACCCAGCCACACUGUCACCUGCAUCCCUCCCGGCUGGAUGCCAGAGUCGGAACUUCCAGUCCCCCGCCUGGUGUCGGUCUGAUGCGCUGCAGGGCCUGAAGCCUGGGGAUCUCCUGUUUAUUAGGUUAACUGAUGAAGGAAACCUUUACUGCCAGAGGAACAACGAAGAAGAAGGAUUGAUCCUACAUGUGUUUGAUCUGUCUCGGCCCCUCUGGCUUGGCUUGUGCCUCAGUAUUGGCAUUAGGAAAGUCCAACUUAUGGGGCUGAUCCCAAAGGAGGCACCAGUACCCAGGAACACUGCUGAGGAGGUGUAUGUGGAUCUGGAGAGGAAGACUGUUUCACGCCUCUGCCAUGUGUGCAACAAGAAUGUCGGAGAGAAGGCUGUGUUUACUUGUGGCCAUGUCUGGCUCUGCUCGUCCUGUGCUGCCCGGCUGUGGUGCAGGAUGUGUGGGAGGCCCAUGUGCCGGUCCAGCUGUCCAGUCUGCACACAACUCGCCCAGACCACACCUGCACAGGUGGACAUGCAGCUUCCAGAGGACAGUCUGUCCACAAUCUCAUGUUUGUAAUGAAUUACUUUAUGGUACCACUUUGUAAUAUGAGACCUGUAAUUUAGCUGUGGCAAAGUAAAAUACAGUAAGAAAUAUGUUGAAUAGAUCUUAGACUAUUAGAAUUUAAGAUGAUAUUAUACACA